AUGGAGCUUCCUGCGAUCGGGCUAGCGGUUGGGACUGCAUUUGCAACAACGCUACUCAAAUCGCUGCGAUCAACACCUGUGUCGCAUCAAGAACAAAUUUAUGGCGCUAUCGCCCAACUUUGCGCCAAUGCAGGUGCAACAGUAACCAACGCCCAACAGGCCACCUUCUCCGCCACAUCAGGCGGCUCACUCCUUCCAACCAUCACAGCUGGUGCUGGCUGGGGCCCACGAGGUGGCUGGAACUCCAGCGCGUGGGCCUCCUGGGCUUCUGCGGUCUCAACUGCUAUCGGCUCCGCUCCCUCUGGCUGGGGUCCAGGCAGCGGUAGCUGGGGCAAUGGUUGGGGUGGCCACGGUUUUGGUGGUCAUGGUGGUGGCCCUGGUGGUCCGGGUGGUGCAGGUGGAUUCGGUCCUUUUGGCACAAAAGCUAGCGGUAUUGCUUGCUCCGGAACUGCUUCCUGGACAACGUGGACAGCAGGUUGGGGACCUUUCUCUUCGUGGACAGGAUUGUGGUCCGGUUGCUCUUCGACCACGGCUACUCCUGCUCCUGCUACUGUGACCACGACCGUGAACGGUAAUGUGGUCACCGGCACGACGUUUGGCAUUCAAGCAUUGAGCACGACAAGUGGAUCGGCUGCUUCGGCUGCGAGCGGAUCGGGUGCAUCAGGAAGCACAGUGAGCUUACUUGAUACCACGAGAGUUGUGCUGGUUUCUGGUGCUGUUGCAGGUUCCAUCUUCGCUUUAAUGGUCACGUUGUAG